UAUCGCUUGCAUCGCGCGCGCUCCGGCGGCGUACAGGUACUUGCUUGAAGGCGCGCGCGUGUUUCGACAGCGCGUCGUCGCGUCUUGCGCUCGCGGGCUCGACGAUGCAUUGAGUGCGACUGAAAAAACGGGGAACCGGCUGGCCAAUGAAAGCACCAUGUGCGAGCUACUGCGGCGUUUAUCCUCCGAUCCGAUUCGCCUUGCGAUCCCGACGUGUGAACAAGCACGUGACAGCAUUUUCUAAACGCCAGCAGGUAUUUACGUGCCGGUAAAUUACCGAUCGUUCACGUUCCGUAAAUCAAUUGGGCUAUCAAUUACUCGAUCUGGAAUGGUGUAUAGAUAAAAGCUUCGGUGGAGUUCGCGUUAUACAUGAAUCCUGUCUGUUUAAUUUGUUGAUUUGAAAUAAGGGAUGGAAGAGGUUAAAAUCUGAAACGUGAUCUCGCAUCGUCAUUGAUACCUAUUGGACCCGAAACUCUUCGACUAAUUACCAUCCUGUGGGCAACUAUCCGUUAGGAUGUCUCGACUAUGCUGCUACUGGUUAUGCUGUUAUUCGGAGAGCGGUCGCAGCGAAGAUAGCUCAGCCAGUGAGUCGAGCGGCAACGGUAACGGUGGGGAAGGUUCAAGCGUAAGUUGCAUCGGGACUGCUGCCACGCUAUCGGGUCUCGUUUCUCUUGCCAUCGUCGCAGUGGCCGUGUCCACCAACCAAUGGCUGCUAACCGAGGAAAGACUCACCACUCGACAACAACAACAGCAACAACAGCAUGACAAUGCUACCAACGUCAAAUUCACUUACAGUGGACUUUGGCGAGUUUGUAUGGCUACUGGCUCGAGUGCGGAAUACGAGUGCUCAACUAUCGAUUACUUCCCCAAAGAAGAGUACAGCCCGGACCCCAGUGAUUCGACCAUGGCUAUGCCCUAUGCAGUCACAAAGUCGGCCGUCUUCUUUAUCAGCGCCACUGCGCUACUGGUCGCCGCUGAGGUCUCGUAUUUCGCGGGAUUACUCAUCAGGCCCAGGCCGAGUUUGUGCGUCUUCGCCGCUGGUAUCAUUCUUAUCGUCUCGGGUCUCCUGAUGCUGGUCGGCAUGGUCAUGUACAUUUCCGUGUUCAAAGCCGAGGUGGGCAGUAAAUUGCGGCCACGAUCGUCCUUUCAGGGUCCGCCGUUCGUCUACCGUUACGGCUACUCGUUUUUGCUGUACGUCAGUGGCUUCAUCACCACCGAGUUCGCCGGCACCACGGCCGUCUUCCUGCACAUCACGUGGCAGCAACGCGAGCUCACCCGCGAGAGAUCCAAGCGCAAGUGCAUCGCACACGACUCGUACGUGGAGAAUUACCGGGUGCACGGUACCCCGGCAAACCACCUUUACAAUGGCUUCCACCUGUGCGAGCGCCAUCAGAAGAGGUACUUUUACGAGCACGAGCCCACAGCCAUCGACUACCACCACAAUCACCAUCAUCACCAUCACCAUCAUCAGCUCAAUUACGACGAUUGCCUGCCGCCCGCUCACGAGUGCAAUCACUAUCAUCAUCACGGCAUGACCCACGACCUCACCACCGAGACGGUGAGCACAAUAGCGGACGUUCUGCAAGACGAGUACCCGGUGGGGAUGCAGCAAGAUUUUGUGGCGUUUGACCUCGGCGAAAAUCUGCCGCCCCUGCCAGAAAACGUGAGGAACAGUAGCUGGAGAUCCAAUUCAUUAAGGAAGACUACGCCAGUUUGAUACACCGUGAGGUACGCCAGACUUGUUCAAAUCGUCCCUUCCAGUGACGUUGAAUCCGAACCCGAGUGCGACACUACCAAAGAACAAUCCUGCGUCGAUAAUGCCAAGGAAAGUCCAGCUAUGAAAAACUGCGACUUGGUCGAAUCCUGUGAGAAAAGUUUAUUACUGGACAAUCAGUAACGUUACGUCUAGGUGUAUUUAUUCCGAAAGAACGCGCGUGCGUCAAAUUUAUUGCGUUCCAUCAAAUACAAACAGCAACAAUAAAAAUUAUAAUCCGCAAAUAAGUCGAUAUUACAAUUAGAUAAGAGAGACGUGUCUGACACGAUAAACUUGAUCUGUGCCUCCUCUACUAUGAGACUUCAACUGUCAAAAGAAAAGCGUACUGUACUGAAAUUUCAACUCGCUUCUUUUGACAUGCACACCUUAUCGAUUGACAGUAAAAAGAAUGUUUAAGAUUUAAAAAAAAAGGACCAUUUAACAAAAAAAAUUAUAUUAAAAGGGAAGCUCAUAUAUCAAACUACUAUAGGUACACACGUCAAUAAAGCUCGAUUAAAUUGCAAUAUAGAAUUUAAAAAAGAUAGUAUGAUAUUAAAUUGAAAGUACCGAAAAA